ACCGCGGGGCCCUCGGGCCGGCCCGGGCUCGGGGCUCGGGGCCAUGGCGCUGCGCGCGCGGGCGCUGUACGACUUCAGGUCGGAGAACCCCGGAGAGAUCUCUCUGCGCGAGCACGAGGUGCUGAGCCUGUGCAGCGAGCGGGACAUCGAGGGCUGGCUCGAAGGGGUCAACAGCCGCGGCGAUCGCGGCCUCUUCCCGGCCUCGUACGUGCAGGUGAUCCGGGCGCCCGAGCGGCCCCCGGCGGACGGCGGCCCCGGGGUCCCGGCGCGCUACGCCAACGUGCCGGCCGGGGGCUUCGAGCCCCUGGCGGCCGCUCCGCCCGCCGCCUUCCAGCCGCCGCUGCAGCCGCAGGCGCCGCCGGGCUCCUUCCAGCCGCCGGGCGCCGGCUUCCCGUGCGGCGGGGGCGCGCUGCAGCCGUCGCCGCAGCAGCUGUACGGCGGCUACCAGGCCAGCCAGGGCAGCGACGACGACUGGGACGACGACUGGGACGACAGCUCCACGGUGGCCGACGAGCCCGGCGCGCUGGGCAGCGGCGCCUACCCGGACCUGGACGGCUCGUCGUCGGCCGGCGGCGGCGGCGGCGCGGCCGGACGCUACCGCCUGUCCACGCGCUCCGACCUGUCGCUCGGCUCCCGCGGCGGCGGCCCGGCGCCUCCGCAGCCUCAAGCGUCCGGGGCCAAGAGCUCGGCCACGGUGAGCCGCAACCUCAAUCGCUUCUCCACCUUCGUCAAGUCCGGCGGGGAGGCCUUCGUGCUGGGCGAGGCGUCGGGCUUCGUGAAGGACGGGGACAAGCUGUGCGUGGUGCUGGGGCCCUACGGCCCCGAGUGGCAGGAGAACCCCUACCCUUUCCAGUGCACCAUCGACGACCCCACCAAGCAGACCAAGUUCAAGGGCAUGAAGACCUACAUCUCGUACAAGCUGGUGCCCACGCACACCCAGGUGCCCGUGCACCGGCGCUACAAGCACUUCGACUGGCUGUACGCGCGCCUGGCCGAGAAGUUCCCGGUCAUCUCGGUGCCCCACCUGCCUGAGAAGCAGGCCACCGGGCGCUUCGAGGAGGACUUCAUCUCCAAGCGCAGGAAGGGCCUGAUCUGGUGGAUGAAUCACAUGGCCAGCCACCCGGUGCUGGCACAGUGCGACGUCUUCCAGCAUUUUCUGACCUGCCCCAGCAGCACGGACGAGAAGGCCUGGAAACAGGGCAAGCGAAAGGCUGAGAAGGAUGAGAUGGUGGGUGCCAACUUCUUCCUCACUCUGAGCACGCCCCCUGCCGCCGCCCUGGAUCUGCAGGAGGUGGAGAGCAAGAUCGAUGGCUUCAAAUGCUUCACCAAGAAGAUGGAUGACAGCGCCUUGCAGCUCAACCACACCGCCAACGAGUUCGCGCGCAAGCAGGCGACUGGCUUCAAGAAGGAGUAUCAGAAGGUGGGCCAGUCCUUCCGGGGCCUCAGCCAAGCCUUCGAACUGGAUCAGCAGGCCUUCUCGGUGGGCCUGAACCAGGCCAUCGCCUUCACCGGAGAUGCCUACGACGCCAUCGGCGAACUCUUCGCCGAGCAGCCCAGGCAGGACCUGGACCCAGUCAUGGACCUGUUAGCCCUGUAUCAGGGGCACCUGGCCAACUUCCCUGACAUCAUCCAUGUUCAGAAAGGAGCUCUUACCAAAGUAAAGGAGAGUCGGCGACACGUGGAAGAAGGGAAAAUGGAAGUCCAAAAAGCCGACGGCAUCCAAGACCGCUGUAAUACCAUCUCUUUCGCCACGCUGGCCGAGAUCCACCACUUCCACCAGAUUCGAGUGAGAGACUUCAAAUCGCAGAUGCAGCAUUUUCUACAACAGCAAAUAAUAUUUUUCCAAAAAGUGACCCAGAAGUUGGAAGAAGCUCUUCACAAAUACGACAGUGUCUAACGGCUGGACAUGUGGACUGCGCACUUGUUUUCAGCCCAAGGCCAAUUUCUACAGCAGAAUAAAAACUGCUUUCAGAGAGCUACUGCCACCUAUAGGCGGUGGCACAAGGGUGGCUUUGUGCUCAACUGAAGCCCAGCCGGGUAUAUAAUUAUGUAGGAAAGAAACAGUUAAUAUGGUUAUGUAGCAGAAACAGUACCACACUCUGUAACUAAGUUAUACUAUGUAUGCCUACACUACCAUUGUAACUUUUGGAUAAUGAUUAUACUAUUUGCCUUACUGCUAUUUGAAGUAUGGGUAUAUUAGUGUGUACUUUGUAGACCUCAGAACCCAUGAAGAAUCUCAAAGAAGCUGGCUGGAUGAAAGCCUGCUCUGGAUGCCUUUUUAUUCUCAUAGAUCGAGAUUACCUAGAGUCAGCCUAUUCUCUGUUUACAAACUCCACCUAGAGCAGCUAUGCGACUUCGUGCCUUCAGACUGGUUGUUUUUAUUUCUGUCCCACCGCUGUUUAAGCCCCCACUUUCCUGAGGAAAUAGUGAGAGGCCGGUGCAUUGGUGGCAAACAACGAAAAGCUCACGCCUUGGGGUGGAAGAAUCAGUGGCAUCACUUUGCACGGGGAGCGUCGCCUGGCGAGAUGCUGGCAGCUACAGCGGAGGGAGACUGCGUGCUGUCUCUGGAUAUGAAGUCUCUCGUAGGGGGAGAAGGCAGUGCACCACAUUCCCAUCACACCGGUCCUAGCAUGGCCUCUCAACUCAAGGGUCCUGCAGACUGGGCGUGAGUGAGGAUCUCAGCAGAUGUGCUUAGCACAUGGAGAAGGAAGAAUCGAAUCAGUUGGGGGUAAAGAAUAGAAACAGCGAGUGACAGACAACACACUUGCUCUUAGUUCUUGGGAGGGCUUCCGUCUGUCUUCUUUUUUUAGCUUGAAAUUUUCUUUUAAUGUUCAGCUUUUGGUUUUGUUUUUAAAUGGAUCUACACUGUUAACUGAAUGAGACUCCACUGUGAUUCACUCGUUUACGUAAUCAAAAAAAAUUUCAGGGAUGUCUGUAAAUUUCAGUGUUCUAUGCGAUGAGAAGUGUUGGUUGAUUUAAGGAGGGACCAGAAAUAAUUUCUUCUAUUCCAGUACUGAAGACAAAAAAUAAAUAAAUAAAUAAAUAAAUAAUAAAAUACUGAUUUAUACUGUGUUUUUAAAAGCUAAAUAUUGAUAAAUCCCCCCUCAGAACAUUUAACCUUAAAAAUUAUUUUAAAGAUAGCCUUUUAUUGUUAUAAGGGACUAUAAAUACCAAAUAAAAGGUUCAGAAGCAGCUUUGUUUAAAAAGCACAAAGAGAUUCUGGCUUGAAAUGCCCAAAUCUCAAUGUUUUUAUAGUUGCUGAGCUACACAAUGUGACUCUUGAGUUUACAGAUGUAAACGCACCUGUAUCUGCUGUCCCUUUGAACUACACUUAUGCCACCCCAGACGUAUUGGGAAUACAGAGGCCAAUCUCAAAGGGGGUGAGCCACGGUUACAUGAAAGGGUCAGAUUGCAGAAAGGUCAAAAGCAAAAGGUUCCUGGGAUACAAACUCAACAGCACAUUUACUCUCUAUGAAGCAAUCACAUAUGGGUUCGAUUUUUAAGAAUAGAUUAUGAUAAUUUUGAUGUCUGGUCAAAUUCUUAUACUUCAGAACCUAGAGCCCGACUUGGCAUCAUGUCACGCAGAACUGUCACCGAAAGUCGCAUUCUCUUAAAAAGCAACUUCCUCUUGUUGAUUGCAAAGUAUGGUUGGAUAAAGAAAGCCCAUAUAUAUUUAAAAAUUAGUUUUAUUGCAGAAGUUUGGAGGUUAUAAUGAUAACAUUUAAGUUUGAGUUGGUAUCGAAUAAGCAAGCUCUCUGCUUUUAGAGGAUUUGAAAGUCACAUUUAUCUGCCUUUUUGUUUUGAUGGUGGUUUGAUUUUUUUUAAUUAAGUAAAAUUACUAAACUUGUGCAAUAGUAACAAGGGAAUUACCUGAGGUGUCUUGUACGGCUGUGCUUUAGCCAGGGUGCACAUAGCUUAAAUUAUAAAAACUAAGACUAAAGUACAAAGAAGUUAAAGCUCAUGCUGCCUCCUCCUAAGGGGACGUUUGUCCUUCUAACCACAUAGCAUAAUGCCACUGAUUCACGGGACUUUAAAUGAGUUCUCUGUGUGAAAGCACCACAGUUACUAGUGUCCAUUUUCACCCAAGAUCCUUCUUUCCUAACGUUCUUGGUCCUAUUGAAACAUUUUCAGUAUCUACAAAUACUGCAAUGUUAAUACCCAAGAGAAAAGCCAUUGCGUGUGUGUACUGGUCACGUGAUCAGUGUGGCACCAUUUCCUUUUGUCUUUGUUGUUGGUGUUUUGUUUUCUUUGUUUUUUAAAUAAACUAUCAUGCCCUUCAGGC